AAUCAACUUUAUUUUGUAAAUUUAUUUUUGUCAUAAACAAAUUAUUUUGUUUAUUUAUUAAAAAUUUAGAUUUUUAUAACGAUUUUCUAUUUUGAUUACUCAAUUAGGUAGUAAUCUAAUAGUAACCUAAAGAGUAAUAGUUAUUAUAAACUAGAUAUUUAUUUUACCAAAAAGUACGAUAAGAAUACAAUACUAAUGCUCAUAACUUUAUUUUCAUUAUGUCGUUAAAAUCGAAUUCUUUAAGAAAUAGAGUCAUGAGCGCUGAUACAGAUGAUUCUAUCGACUUGCUUUCAAGUUUAGAAAAUAAUUCAAACAAUAAUUUUUGUUCUUUCAAACGUAUACACGGAGAGUGGUAUUUUCCGUUAAUAGAAUUAAGUGAAAAUAGCCAAUUACAUCUUAUAGAAAACAGAAUUUUAGCCCAUGAGUUGUCAAUUUCAGAAAUAUGUACAGUGUUUAAACACAAACUACUGAGCCAAUUUCCAACGGAAAUAUUUUUACAGCGACCUCUAAUUAUUCAGAAAUUUAUCCAGUGGUUAUGUGAAAAUAAAGAAGCUGAACAAAUAAUAGAAUGUUUAACAAUAUUAAUUGAAAAAUUAAAAUAUCGUCAUGCAGAAUAUGUUAAUGGCUUAAGUGAGUACUUCAAAUUGGCUGAUUCAGAUUCACAAAGUACAACACCUAGUUAUAUUACUGAAACUAAUUCGAUAGACCAAAGUUCUCAAUGGAGCAUUGUUCAAUUUUGUGUAUCGGUAAUGCCUUCUUUAAUGAAACAAAUAACCUACAAUCAUAAUGGAGCUUUUUCACUAUUUAUGUCUACUUUGCGUAUAUUAUCAUCAAUUAAAGAUAAUUAUAGUAUAAAAUGUUAUAUGGAUUUAGUAUUUACAAAUUCUACAUUCCAAACAUUGACUUUCAAUGAAUCUCUGUGUUCGCUUAAAUUUUUGCUGAUCGCUAAAGCAUUGCUUGAAAGUAAUUUAUUGGAAGGAAAAUUCAAAGAUAAAGUCGAUGGACUUCUAAGACAACCUUAUUGGAUCCAUCUUUACCCAGAACUGUACUAUCGAUUAGCUGAAAACAUUACCGAAAAAGAGUUACUGGAGCUGAAAGUUACAAAAAUGAUUGAAAAUAUUUGUGUUCUAUUAAAAAACAAAAAUUCAAACCCGAAACAACGAAUUGAAUUAUUUGUCAAAUCUUUACCAGUUAUAUGGUUCCAAAAACAGUUUAUUUUAAUUAAUAAUUUUGUUAAAGAUAUAUGUAACGAUGGGUUAUUGUCUGAUCCUACAGAAUACAGCCAAGUAAUAGUAUAUUUGCUUUCUUAUGGCGUAGCAGAAGUUUCACAUUACACGUAUAAUAUAAUAAAUACAUCUUUAAAAGAAAUAUGUAAUUUUCAAUACAAAAAAACAAAGAUGUUUAUUAAGUAUAUAUUAUGUACUGAUGUUAUAAUUGAAAUCAUAUGUAAAGGAUGUACAAAUUCUGAUAAACAAAUUUCCCAUCUUGCGUUAGAAAUUCUGGAAACUAUUCUAAAAAGUAAAAAUGUUUUGGAAAACUGUGAAUGGGAAUUAAUUUUGAAAAACUUAUCACCAGCUUUUCUCUUUCUUUGUUGUCAAGCAACUCCCAAGACUACGUUAGGUCAUGUAAUUUUAAACUUUUUUGAUCCUGAUCAAUCAGAUCAAAAUAAAAUAACGAAAUUACAGCUAUUUCAUGCAACUUUUUUAAUGUUAAUGAGUAAAGACGUUGAAUGCCAAAAUGAAGCAAAUCAUAGAAUGACGUGGCUAUUAAAAUCGACUAUUAAUAAAAAUAUUAUACUUCCAAAUGACAUAUCUACAAUUGUUGUUGAUGAAAGUCUUGAUAAACCAAAACAAAUUGCAAACGAAUUUAGUUCUAAAGAUUUAGAUGAAGUAAUGGAAUUGAUUACAAAUAAAAGUUCUAACCAUCACACUAUAAAAUGUGCAUUGUAUAAAAUAUCAGUCAUGCUAGAAAAUACUGAUCUAUGUCAAAAAUUUUUACAAAAAGGAGGGAUGUACAUUGUGAUCAAUUUGUUGAAAUCUUCAAUGAUUAUUACUACAUCACAUAGUUUAUUGAUUUUGUUGUUAAAAAUAAUAAUGGAUUUCUUAAAAAAAAAAGAUGACAUCCAUAAUAAAUCAAAAUUAUUUACCAGCAAUUUAGAAUUUCAACUCUAUUUGAUUACAGUAUUAUAUGAUUUUAUUCAAGUUCCACUUGUUAAACAAUAUAUACUGGUUAUUUUGUUUUAUUGUGCAUUUGACCAUUACUUGAACCAUUUUGAUGCAAUACCAACAAUAGUAAUGUGCAAAUUAAACACGCCAUUUGAGGUUGCGAAGUUUGAAGAUUUGAAUUACAAAACUGAUUUAUUCAUGUCACCUUUAAAAAUAAUUGAAAACAAAAACUGUUGUGCUGCACUAAUUUUGACUUGGAGUCUAAAUCACUAUAACAGCAUUGACUUAUUGAUGGAAAGCAAAAUGUCCAUUAGCGAGCAAAGUGAAGUAGAAAGCUAUGUUUUCGACAAUUUUAGAAAAUUGAAUAUCAAAUGGUCUAUUCAAAAGAUCUUGAAUGAUUUGAUUGCUGCUAAAACCCAUGCAAUAGCAUUAAAUUCGAUUUGCAAUUUAAACAGGUAUUUAGAAUUAAGUAAUUAUGUUGAUGAUUUUGACAUAGAUGAACAAUUAUUGAGCAACGCAAUGAAUAAAUUCUUAAUCCUGCCUCCGAUAUACAGCGAAGAUUUAAAAACCCUUAUAGCAGUUAUGAAGUUGUUAAAUUCUUCUUUGAAAAAAAGUAUUUUAAUCAACAAAUUCAAAUGGGUAGUAGAUACUUUAAUAAAGUCCGAGCUUAUGCAUAGCAAAAUUAUGGACAAUUUUAACUAUGAUGAAACUUCAAUACAUUUGCGCAAUAGUUUUUUCAUUGAACUACAUAACGUUUAUUGGCUGUGCUUGAAAAAAUAUACAAAUUUCUCUAGACCGGGUCUAGUCAAAUUGCUUUUUGAUCAACUACCAUUAUUAAAUGAUGAAUUUGUUUUAUCGGAAGGCGUAUUAAAGUGCCUUGUUGUAUUAACAGAAAAUUCUACUUGUUUAAAUGAAGAUAUUGUAAAUGCUUGUUUAUCUCAUUUGAUAUCAUCCUUUGAUGGAAUUAAUAAAUUCUAUCAAUCAAACUUUGAGAAUAUUAAGAGAUAUUAUUUAAUUAUUCUAAAUCAUUUCCUUCAUUAUACAAUAGCACUACCCAACGCGUCUGAUGUAUGGUUUGGUUACAAUUGGGAAACAUGGAUUUGGUCAAUGAUUCACUGCACAGAUCCGUUAGUAAGAGCUUUACUCUUUGAGUUUUCAGCUGGUUUGACUAUUAUUGACGUGCCAGUUUCUUGUAAUUUAAUUAGCCUCGGAUUGAACUCAUUUUGUGAUGCAAAUUCAAUAGAAAAUGUUGUUGUUGCCGAACAAGCCAUAUUAUUUUGUUCAAACAUAUUUUGCAAUUUUAAAUUUAAAAAUUUAUGCAAACAAUAUAUUGCUAAACUAGAUCUUGACAUUUUUGUUCAAACUAUCCACAUGUGUACAGAUAACUAUUUUAAACCCAAAGGAAAAGUUUUUUUACCUUCUUCACCAAAACUCGUUGCAAACAUAUGUUGUAUGCUUUUCAACAUGAUUACAUUGACUGAAUUGGAUUUGAAUAUAUUUAAUGAAAAUGAACUGCUCGUCAGUGCUCUUGUUAAGUGCUUGAAAAUGUUUAUUAAACCUAUUUGCAUUGAAGACACUAAUAUUAUGGAAAUGUGUGGCCGUAUAUGUUCCUUGUUAACUCUGUUCAUUCCUAUUAGUGAUUAUAACUUUGAAAAUUUCAUAAGUUCUAUGAGUUUAAUAUAUGAAAAUCCUAAUCUUGUACUUGAUCACUGUACAAUUAUGGUCUGGAGAUCAUCAUUUCAAUUAAUUACUGUUAUUGCUCAAGAUUUUAAUAGUAAAGAACUUAUUAUAACGAAUAGUUUGACAUCUGCAUUAAUAAAAAGUAUCAACUCAAAUAAUAAUGAUCUUUGCGUUGAUGCUUUAAAAGUUGUGACUGAAGUAUGUUCUUGGUUACCUAAAAAGUCUGCACAUGCUAUUUCCAUUAUACUAUUCAGUAAAUUAGCUGCAGAAUGGGAGCAUAAAUUAAUAAGAAAAUCAUUGUUGAUGGCUCUGUCACGCUUGUUUGUAAAACAUACAUUUAUAUAUAAGUUGGCUCAGCAAAACUGUUUUCUUAAAUUUUUAAUUUCUAAACUGAAAAAUAUUCAAUUAAAAUGUAUUAAUCAAACAUCCCAAAAACAAAAUCUAUUGAAAAAUGAUUAUUUAGAUAUAGUGGAUUUAUGUUGCAAUGUAUUUAGUGUGUGCAAUCAAGCUAGAUUGGACGCUUCUCAAGAAUUACCCGAUAUAAUUCACAAGUUUUGGCCAAAUAUUAUUGUCAAUUUCAAGUCAGAAAUUCUUUUACAUACACUUCAAAUGCUUGUAUCACUUACAUCCAAUUGCUCUAUUGCGUGUAGUGCAAUGACUAUGACAAGUUGUACGCCAGGUGUGGAUCCCAAAACAAGAUGUACUUCAAAUUCAUUAUUUCAUGAAAUUGUUACGUUGUCCUCAAAUUUUUCGUUACCGGUAAACAUUGUAUCUGUUACAUCAUUGUUGAUUUUAAACUCAUGUCAAUCUCAAGAAUGCCGAACAAUUAUAAUUAAAACUAAACGACUAUCAAAUAUCAUACUAAUGCUUGAUCCUAAAGAUAAAAAUAAACACAAUUUGCAAGUCGAACAACAAUGGCUUAAUAUCUUAAAGACAUUUACGAGUUAUUCAGAUGGACAAACAUCUAUUGUAAAAGUGGAUUAUGUCUUUGACAUUCUAACUUCGUUGUUAAAAACAAAUUAUGGACUCGACUGUUUGGCAAUAUUAAGAAAUAUUAGUUUUAAUUCACAAAACCGAGCAGUCCUCUUAUCGUCGAGUGUUUUAUGGAUGGGAAUAAAAUGUUUGUUAGAAACUGAAGACAUAACAAUCCAGCAGUUUAGAGAUACCAGUUUGAUUGUGUGGUCUCUAACUUGCAAUAAUCAGAAAGGCCGACUUCAACUCCAAAACUGGGGAAUAGAUAAAUAUUUCAAAAAACCUCAUCCGCUACUUACGCAAGGCGAUGAUGAUACAAAUUACAUAUUGAACAAUGUUUAUUUGUGUUUGAAAAAUUAAGUGAAUUUUAUUAAUGCCUAUUAAUGUACUUAUAAUUUAAAAGUAUAGUCAAAAGUUGUGACAAUGACUACUUAUCUAAGAGACUGAAUUACUUAACUUUAAGAACACUAAAUGUAUUUCCAUCAGAGUUAUUUGACCUAAUGUUAGUUUUCUUUGAUUUCACAAUUUGUGUUUUUUUAAUAAGUAACUCAAUCUUAAGACGUUUUUUUACAUUCUUUUAACUAGUUAAAAAUUAUAUUGCAAAAUCGCAUUAGUUAUUAGUUAUUAUUAUUGUAUCUUAAAUAUUUUUU